CUUCUCUCAGGAGUGUAUUUUUUUAAAGUAUUUUCCAGCUUCCCGUACGCCGCCAUUAAAUACCAACAGAACGGUUGUUGGAUAUGGGGAUUAAAAUGAUUUAAAGGCCCGGAGAUACGGCAAAGGGACGGGGGUGGGGGGUUGUGCAAUUGCACAGGUCUCGAAGCUCCGCACAAACGGAGCACGGAAACGUAAAUAUGCGGCUUCUGACCAAAUAAAAGCUUGACUUUGGGACAUACGGAUUGGGUUUCGUUGGGAAAGCUCGAGUGGAUAGAACGGGGGACAAGCUCGAGAACGGGUUGGUUGUGGUUGCGCUUGGAAGAGGGGUGUAAACACAGGAAAAGGUAAGCAGACGCCCAUGUUCAAAUGUUAUGUAGUUAGCAUGUCACAGUUUUGUCACCUCUUUUGUAUGAUAUAUUGUUUAGAAAUGUAGCUAUAAGCAAUAACGUUACCCUUUAUAGCAAUCCAUCAUACAUUGAAUAGGUAACGUUAGUUAACGUUAGCUAGAUUAUUUUCAUAUUUACUAACGUUAGUUGGCUACUGUUAGCUAACUAUAAUUUGACUUGUCAAAACAAAUACAGUAGCCUCUAGAUAGUGAAGCUAACGGGCAGAACAUUGUGUGUUGAGGAAUGUUGUCUUUCACGAAUGUGUUGAAUUUCGCAAAGCAAAUUGACACUUACAGAGUCGUCUGCUGUACUCAUUGGUGUGUUAGGUCGUUACAUUGAAAGUAAAUGGUGAACUGUACUGGUUACUUAGCUAACUUGCUAGGUACAGUAGUUAACUAGCUUUGCGCCGAUACCUGAGUUGAGUAGCUAGCUAGCUAGUUGUAUCAGAUGCCAUGGCAGCUUGCUAGUUAGAUAACUAGCUAGGUGACCGAUAUCGAACUGACCACACUCUCGUCCCCUCUUAUGUAGGUAGCUAACCAACCAGCUAACAUUACUAGUAUGGUACAUUGACGUAGGCAAAUUAUAACGUCGUUUCCGCUGAUACAUGAAAACAAACAAAGUCAAUUAUUUAAUGUUUUGGCAGAUUCAUUACGAUUAGAAAGACAAUAGUUAGUUACCAUUGUCGCUAGUUAGUUACAAAGUAACAAUCAUUGGAUGUUUUAUUCGACACGCCCUACGCAAUAUGUAGCAGCAAAGUUGUCAUGUUACAUUGAUACAUUUAAUGGCUAAGUAGACUCAAUGCACUGAGUUGUUUUAAACCAGUCAGGGACCAAUCCAGGCUAUAUGACUGUGGUGGUUUCAACUUUAAAAUGUAGUCCUAAACCUAGUUUUGCAGCCUAUUGAAAUGUGUGCUGCAACAAGUCUCAGGGAGUAGUAUUUUGUUGUGAUAAUAGCUAACUUAUCUGUCUAAAUUACUUGAGUAAUUGCAAACAUUCCUCUAUAUGCACUUUGCAUGUGUUGGUUUAUGUCGAGGAAUAUUUAAAACAUCUUAAAUACUUCACUGAGAGAGUGCAGAGUAGACUGUUUUGCACUGAUCUAGGACCAACCUAUCACACCCCAAUUAAAAACCUUUAGUUUAACCAAAUAAAAACCUUACGGGCCUAGAUCAGAGCUUUGGGGGAAACAUCUCAACUACAUUAAGGGUCAUUAUUGGUAGGAGUUUGAGUGUUGCCUGGUGUUUGGUUUCAUCUGCCAGGUAACACAGCACUUUUGUCUGGCAUGUUUGCGCUGUAUCUCUGGAUGUGUUUACGGUGUCAGUUUUAAGAGUCAUGGAGGCAGAAGAUUGGGUUGCGGCCUGCUGCUCUUGGCACCUUGCUUUGUGAGUGCAGCUGCACUGAGCCUCAGGCUUUGAUUAACCGCACUGAGAAUUAGUACCAGGUCAAGAGCACACAUCAUUGUAGCUGUUUGAGCAGGAUUGAUAUGAAUGCUACGGCUGUUUUUCCAUGUCCUGCUCAUUCUGUUUUCCAGUGUUCAACAAUGACCCAGAAGUUGUGAACCACAAGUGUUAGUGUAGCUUUCUUAGUUUUUGUGUCUAAAAGAGUUUUGAGGUCUCUAAUAUUAGGUCUGUUACUUUAUGUAAUUGGCUAUCUGUAAUAAUAGACUAGGCUUAGCUAGCCUAACUAAUGAAGUUCUUGUUUUUACUUAUUAAAACAUUUCCUUUAAAACAUGACAUCAAUUAAAGUCUAAAUGUGUUUGGUCUAUCUGUGAUCUUAAUUCUGUGUGUCUCUGCAUGAUGACAGUGCAGUCUGUCUGUGAUCAUCAAAGACCAGUAUGGCUCCUCCUCCUCAACAUCUCCUGUGUUUCUGUUGUUGCCAUAGCAUCCUGCUUGCCUGUGUGAUCUCCUUGAGUGGCGCUGUCGAGCUGAGCCCCUCCCAGCGGCAGCAUCUGCCAGCGGUGGAGCGACGAUGACCGAGCUGGGUACCAAGUGGGCCUGUGAGUACUGCACGUUUAAGAACUGGCCCUCGGCCAUCAAGUGCACCAUGUGCCGUGCCCAGAGGCCCAGUGGGGGCGCCAUCAUCACUGAGGAGCCCUUCCGGAGCAGCCCCGGCCUGGAAACCAGCCGCCAGUGGGAACCCCCGAGCCUGAGUCUGAGCCACAGCAACAGCCCGCCCAAGGGAGGCUCCAGCCUCCUAAUCUGCCCGGACUCCAGCGCCCGUCCCCGUGUCCGCAUUGCAGACGCCCCCGAGACCCCCUCCAGCAAGUGGUCCUGCCACAUUUGCACCUACCUAAACUGGCCCCGUGCCAUCCGCUGCACCCAGUGUCUGUGCCAGCGACAUCAGCAGGAGCAGCGCCACCAGGGACUGGCACAGCAGCCACGCAGCCCCACCGAGUCACCCCAGACUUCAGGCUCAGGAUGCCGGCCCGCACCCCACUCCACCCCUACCGACCCCUGUGAGGAGUAUAACGACCGCAACCGCCUCAACACCCGCGCCCAGCACUGGACCUGCACCGCCUGCACUUAUGCAAACUGGCCCAAGGCAUGCAAAUGUGUUGUGUGUGACCACCCCAGGCCCAAUAGCCUGGCAGAACCCAUCGAACUGGCCUCGGAGCCAGAGAGCCUACCACCCUCCAUACUCAACGAGCAGGACAGGGACAACAGGAGGGGGGAUGUGAGUGUGGGAGGGGGCGGCGGUGGAGUAAUGGGGUGCAGCGGCGGCCAGAGAAGGUCCCCAACCACCUCCAAGCGGGAGGCAGAGGUUAAAAUGGACUUUCAGAGGAUCGAACUGGCUUCGGGAGCCGGAGUGGGGAGCGUAGAGGAACAGCAGGUGGACUUUAAAAGGCUCAAACAGAUAAAGAACAGGAUGAGGAGGACUGACUGGUUGUUUCUCAAUGCCUGUGCAGGUGAGUCGAUGUGUGAGUGGGUGCAAAGGAAUCAAGGUUCUCUCCCAACCCUGUUUAUUUCUCUGUAUUGCCUGCUGUGGAGAAUGAGAUGCUCAUUAUGGUUGAGAAAUACCUCCGCUGUAUUUAUGUACUUCUGUUGUGAAAUGGGAGUUCUUUAUCUUGGGUGGAAAAAAAAUAUCUCUGUUGCAACUGAGCAAUAAUUUAAGGCUGCAAGUCUUGUAUAGCAUACUUUUUAUGCAGGGAGUUAACAGCUUCCCUGCUCAUGCUGUGAGAGGAGAGGCAGCAGCCUGUGCAAGCUGAGUGGGUGGAUGGAUGAACAGUUGGGAACUGCUGUGCUGUGUUGACUGGAGCCAGAGGUUGAAUUCCUGUCCGACUACAGUGCAGACGCAUACCAGAUCUUACAAUACCUGGCUAGGUAUUUACCAUAUCAGCUAACCACAUAAUAUGAUAUAGGAAUCUGGUUCUUGACUAAAGUCUGACGUGGCACACAACCAUUGGUUGAUGCAAUGCAGUGUAGUCAGGCAGGAACUCAACCAGAGGCUAAAGGUUCACUUCCCAUCCUUCCCCCUGACAGAUAAUUCUCGUUUGCUAGACUGAACAGCAUGUGCGAGACCACUGUAUCUAUCCCACAGCCUCUGUCAGGCACAGUCUAGGUAGUCUGUGUGAUGAGUGAAGAGGAUACUCUGCUCUCCCUUUCAGAAGGUGUCGCUUGAAGCUUUGAAUCAAGGGCUAGUCCAGACAGCCACACUGCCCCUUGAAGUUAAUGGUGACUGAGUGGAUUCCACUGCUGCUGUCUGGACUACAGUGAGGGAAAAAAGUAUUUGAUCCCCUGCUGAUUUUGUACGUUUACCCAUUGACAAAGAAAUGAUCAGUCUAUAAUUUUAAUGGUAGGUUUAUUUGAACAGUGAGAGACAGAAUAACAACAAAAAAAUCCAGAAAAACGCAUGUCAGAAAUGUUAUAAAUUGAUUUUCAUUUUAAUGAGGGAAAUAAGUAUUUGACCUCCUCUCAAUCAGAAAGAUUUCUGGCUCCCAGGUGUCUUUUAUACAGGUAAUGAGCUGAGAUUAGGAGCACACUCUUAAAGGGAGUGCUCCUAAUCUCAGCUUGUUACCUGUAUAAAAGACACCUGUCCACAGAAGCAAUCAAUCAGAUUCCAAACUCUCCACCAUGGCCAAGACCAUAGAGCUCUCCAAGGAUGUCAGGGACAAGAUUGUAGACGUACACAAGGCUGGAAUGGGCUACAAGACCAUCGCCAAGCAGCUUGGUGAGAAGGUGACAACAGUUGGUGCGAUUAUUCGCAAAUGGAAGAAACACAAAAUAACUGUCAAUCUCCCUCGGCCUGGGGCUCCAUGCAAGAUCUCACCUCGUGGAGUUGCAAUGAUCAUGAGAACGGUGAGGAAUCAGCCCAGAACUACAUGGGAGGAUCUUGUCAAUGAUCUCAAGGCAGGUGGGACCAUAGUCACCAAGAAAACAAUUGGUAACACACUACGCCGUGAAGGACUGAAAUCCUGCAGCGCCCGCAAGGGCCCCCAUGCUCAAGAAAGCACAUAUACAUGCCCGUCUGAAGUGAGAACUGGGUGAAAGUGUUGUGGUCAGAUGAGACCAGAAUGGAGCUCUUUGGCAUCAACUCAACUCGCCGUGUUUGGAGGAGGAGGAAUGCUGCCUAUGACCCCAAGAACACCAUCCCCACCGUCAAACAUGGAGGUGGAAACAUUAUGCUUUGGGGGUGUUUUUCUGCUAAGGGGACAGGACAACUUCACCGCAUCAAAGGGACGAUGGACGGGGCCAUGUACUGUCAAAUCUUGGGUGAGAACCUCCUUCCCUCAGCCAGGGCAUUGACAAUGGGUCGUGGAUGGGUAUUCCAGCAUGACAAUGACCCAAAACACACGGCCAAGGCAACAAAGGAGUGGCUCAAGAAGAAGCACAUUAAGGUCCUGGAGUGGCGUGGCCAGUCUCCAGACCUUAAUCCCAUAGAAAAUCUGUGGAGGGAGCUGAAGGUUCGAGUUGCCAAAUGUCAGCCUCGAAACCUUAAUGACUUGGAGAAGAUCUGCAAAGAAGAGUGGGACAAAAUCCCUCCUGAGAUGUGUGCAAACCUGGUGGCCAACUACAAGAAACGUCUGACCUCUGUGAUUGCCAACAAGGGUUUUGCCACCAAGUACUAAGUCAUGUUUUGCAGAGGGGUCAAAUACUUAUUUCCCUCAUUAAAAUGCAAAUCAAUUUAUAAAAAUUUUGACAUGCGUUUUUCUGGAUUUUGUUGUUGUUAUUCUGUCUCUCACUGUUCAAAUAAACCUACCAUUCAAAUUAUAGACUGAUCAUUUCUUUGUCAGUGGGCAAACGUACAAAAUCAGCAGGGGAUCAAAUACUUUUUCCCCUCACUGUACAUGGCAGAGAGGAUUCCAUGGGAUAGCUAGCUUCCUCCCUACUGUUUAUAGUAGUGUUGCCCCUCCCACUCAGUUUGUCCACUAAUACAUAGGACUUUCCAUAGCGAAGUAUUAUCCCCAGUGUCUGAGGGGAACCCACUUAUUACUGUGAAGGGGAGGCCAGCGUGUAAUGUGUGUAUUGCAGGGGAACCCUCACUGUCAACACACGCAGCCACACACACACCCUUCAGUCCCAGGAGCUGGUAAACAGUGGCCACAGUGUGUGGCGUUAGACAGCCUAGUAGCCCGCAGGCCCUGCACUUAAAAUAUCUGACUGGUGCACAAGUCAAAAAUAAACAGGAGUUCACAUCGAAGAUGACCUUCAGCCUGCUGUUCGCACGACCGGAGCCCUGUUACGUACGCUCUACUGGUGUAGCCUUACAUGUUAUUUGUAUACAUGUUUAGUUGUUUAAACAAGCUGGACGUAAUGAAUCACAAACGAGCCUACAUUAGUUUCUAGGUAGUAUUUUUCACAAUGAUCCUUAUCGGAAACAGCAAGUGCCACUUUUCUCAGUAAAAUCUGUCAUAUAAUUAUGCAGGCUAUGCCUUUGAAUAUUGAUUUAAAACAAAGCCAAAUCUGUAACAUGGUGGCAUUAACAAUGCAUUGUGGGAAGUACCCUGUAUAAAAAUUGCAUAUCCAGGAGAAGUUUUAGUCAUGUUGCCUGUACUCUCCAGAAGCUAGCGAUUUAAGGACGUGUGCUCUCUGAAAGACAAGAUGCCCAUUUGUAUUAAGGGCAGUCUGCUUGACUGAGGGAAUGCUUGUCUGCUUUAUGGCCCACUGUCUUGUGCCACAGCAGGUUUAUUAGCUGAGUUUUUCAUAUUUUACUAGAGAGACUCUUUCAUUGCCUGAACAAACCAUGCUGGCUGCAAGUGGUCCUUAUGCUUCGGGAGGGUUUCUCUGACAACCUGUAUGUGUUUGUGUGUCUGCAAGUUUCUGUUUUACAUAUGGAUGUGUGUCUGCUUCUCUGUUUGACACCUAAAAUGAAUUGAUAAAAGGAGUGAAUGCACAGAGGCUACAAUAGUAGUCUUGUUUGAGUGUGUGAGUGGGUAGAUCAAUUGAACAAAGGAGAGAGAACCCAUCGAGACACUUCAGCCCUCAAGGACUGUAGUUGAAUACCCCUGGGCUUAGCUAGCACAUCAACUAGGCUACAUGACUUGGCUGCAACACAACCUGAAAUGUGAUAUAAUUGGAGAUUAUUGUGAUAUGAUUGAACAGGAAUCAUUUUCACAGGAAGAACUUCUUUGGGUAAUCCCAACCUUUUCAAAACAUUACAUUAUGUUAAAUUAUUAUAUUAUAUUAUUAUUAUAUUAUAUUAUGUGAAGACUUUCAUGUGCUCAAGGUGUCAAAAGUAUCAAUGCCAUAACCUGUUUGGAAGAAAGUCUAUCUAGGCCUAGGCUAUAUGAAAGGCCUUUUCUAUGUUGACAUCUUAUUUUGAUUAACCUAUUCCAAGUAAGCACUAAGCAGGUGAAGAUGCACAAGGAGACUUCUCCUUACAUCUGCUGAAACCCUGCAGAUAUUAGCUUCCCUAUUGACCUAAAUCUCGGUCCAGUUGUGCCAUAGUUACUGUAUGCAAUCAGCUAUAGAUCAAAUCUAUUUUCUUAGGUUGCGUAGUCCUAGCCCUGAGGCGCACUCUACCUACCCUAGGCUAUAUCAUGCAUACUAUCAGUAAUUAGGCCAUGUAGUCGUAAACGGGCACGAAGUGUGCUGUAGCUGGCAUGUUGCCACCUCUAUUCUGAAGUGCUAACCUGUUGUGGGUCACUGGUUGUCACAAGCUACUGUUGUGGCAGACGACCUGUGAAGUAGUGCCGACACUGCCAGUUGGAAAUCUGUCAAAACAAUUGGGAGCUACAGUAACACACAGGCCUGUUGCUGAUGCUCACUGUUCAUCUGGGCCUCUGUCUGCACUUCUUCCUUGACAGGCCAUUGAGGGCCCUGGCUUUCUGCUGCCCUGGGAUCAAUCACACCGACUCCACUAUGUACGCAGGCUUACGGCCAGCCUUUAGUUUAUUCAAUUGAUUUGGGUUACCGUAAGGGGAAAUUCAAUCAAAAUUGGUAUCCUGAUAAGUGUCUCCUGGCUCUGUCAAAUGGAGAUAUGGACACACAGGUGAGAAAAUGAGGAGAGGAGAGGACUGGAGAAAAUAAAUGAAAGUGUUAAGCCUAUAUGCUGUGUGACAGGUGAAAUUUUAAACAACAUUAUUUGCAUACCUAACACGUUAAAGGCCCCCACCAGAGGGCAAUGCUGCCCCUAUUUCAACGUAAUUCCUGUCCUAUAGCAGAAAUUGUCCUUAAACGUUCCACCUCCGAAGAAUGACGCAGGCUGCUAAUACAUAUUCAUGAAUUGGGGGUGGGAACAUUGUGGGUGAUUUUCCAUGUGGAGUGGAGAUAUAACAACAAGUAGGGCACUGAUGGCUGUCAGCGUAGCUAGCUAGCAUGCUAACCUUAUCUAGCUAACUACUAUCUGUUGUUGAUACACCUUAUUCAAAAGAUUAGCUAGCUAGGCUAUGGCUGGAGCUGGAUUUGUCAUGAGCAUGUAGGGACAACUUCGCCACAGAUGGAUAGGGGAAACAAGUAUCUUUGACUAUCUUCAAAGUUUGGCAUCUUCCAUAAAUUGUGGCCGCGAAUCCGCCAUAGAAACAGAAAGAAUAAGAUGAAGAUCUGGUAAUAUGGAUAGUGUGGUUCUCACAGCUAGGGGAAGUGAAAUGAUAAUAGGCUACAAUGACUUUGCUCAUGAUGCACGCCGCAAAUGAUCUGUAACAACACCCUGAGCGCAUCCAACACGAAACACCAAUACUUGACGUAACAACCGCAUAAAAUAGAUAAACAAGUUUGUGGAAUCUUCUUUUGCAGGUGCCUUUUCAUUAUAGGAAAGACUUGUGAUUUCUAGAUACACCAAUCAAAGCAGUGGAGCGUGGUCAAAACAGAAUUUCUUAUUUUUUAUGUUUAAACGGUCUGAGUGAACUAUCUUCAUUAGUCAGAAAAGUGGAUUUCUACUGGUGUGGGUGUUUAAAAAUAAAAGCAGCAAUCAGCAGUAAAAACCAUAACAAAGCAAUUCGCCCUGACCCUGUUUCGGUAAAAAGCUACCGGAUCCCUGUUUCAAGAAAUAAAAGUGCUGAAAACAUGUAGGCUCACUUUAAAAAAAGAAGAAGAUGGAAAACAGGCUAUAGAUGCAUUAUUUAUUUUUAUUUUUUACAAAUCAUUAACUGUAGUGAACCUGCUCCCCCCCCCCCCCCCCAUCACUAGUUUUGAGGCUAUAUAGUGUUUGUUUACAUUUACUUUGUUUACAAACAUUGGAGUAAAAACAAGCAUAUUCGGGGUUCUGAUGGGGGUACAACAGUUGGAACUAAGCUCAUGAGGCAUUUAUAAGUUAUAUUGUUCAAGAAUGAAUGUGUACAUAUCAAUGUCCAAAAAUGGAUGUAGCAUCUGCUGAUUGCCCCUUUUAAUGUGGUGGUUAUGACAAUAUUGUAGGAGCUUGUAGGAGUGUCCUCUGUGUAGUGUAGGCCUACUGAUCUGCACCUGGGUCUACCUUGAUCGCUGAUACUAAUUUACAACAUAAAAAAAUGGAUGUAAAUGGAUUAAAUAGGCCCUUUCACCCAUUUUCUGUGGAUAAAAUUAGCACGUUCAUUCAUUUUCUAUCUUCAAUAUUUGUCAACGUUCUCCACCCUUCCUAGUAUAGAGCAACUAUUUUGUAUCCAUUUCCUUUGAUGUUUUGUGAAUGUGUGGUAUAGGGUGUGUGUGAGUGCUACACUUGACUGUGCAGGCAUGCAGGCAGGCACACCCAAACUAAUGGACUGCUGUGAGAAGUGGUUGUGAUCCCGUCUAUCUGAGCGCUCUCUCCCUCUCUAUUCCUUUGUCCUCCUACUCACUUUUUCUCUUUGUUCCUUUCUCCAUAUUUCUACUUUUUACUGCAGCUGGAAAGCGCAUGCACGCACGAUCACACACACACACUGAUUAUGCUGCAAAGCAUUGUGUGUGGCCCUUUUGUAGAGUGUAGAACAAUGUUUAGCCAGGGAGUAAUGUUGUGUAAUGCGCCAGAGACUGCUACAUGGGUAUUCCAGAAAUCAGAACAGAAAUGAUGGGUGGCUGGUAGUAGAACUGGAAAUGUUCUCUACUUUGAUCUUCCCACACACAUUAUAGUGUUGAGUUUUAUUUUUCAAGUGGUGGUUUUGUUUCAGUACUUUAGUAGUAGUAAAACUACCCUGGUACCUGCAGUGCAUUCGGAAAGUAUUCAGACCCCUUGACUUUUUUUCCACAUUUUGUUACGUUACUGCCUUAUUCUAAAAUUGAUUAAAUUGUUUUUUUUCUUCAUUGAUCUACACACUACCACAUAAUGACAAAGCAAAAACAGGUUUUUAGAAUUUUUUGCAAAUGUAUAAAAAAUAAAUAAAUAAAAUUACAUUUGCAUAAGUAUUCAGACCCUUUACUCAGUACUUUGUUGAAGCACCUAUGGCAGCGAUUACAACCUCGAGUCUUCUUGGCUCAACUGUAUUUGGGGAGUUUCUCCCAUUUUUCUCUGCAGAUCAUCUCCAGAGAUGUUCGAUCGGGUUCAAGUCCGGGCUCUGGCUGGGCCACUCAAGGACAUUCAGAGACUUGUCCCAAAGCCACUCCUGGUUUGUUUUGGCUGUGUGCUUAGGGUCGUUGUCCUGUUAGAAGGUGAACCUUCACCCCAGUCUAAGUUCCUGAGUGCUCUGGAGCAGGUUUUCAUCAAGGAUCUCUCUGUACUUUGCUCCGUUCGUCUUUCCCUCAACCCUGACUAGUCUCCCAGUCCCUGCCGCUGAAAAACAUAAAUCUUGCUUUCAUCAGACCAGAGAAUCUUGUUUUUCAUGGUCAGAGUCCUUUAGGUGCCUUUUGGCAAACUCCAAGCGCGCUGUCAUGUGCCUUUUACUGAGGAGUGGCUUCCGUCUGGCCACUCUACCAUAAAGGCCUGAUUGGUGGAGUGCUGCAGAGAUGGUUGUCCUUCUGGAAGAUUCUCCCAUCUCUACAGAGGAAUUCUGGAGCUCUGUCAGAGUUACCAUCGGGUUCUUGGUCACCUCCCUGACCAAGGCCCUUCUCCCCGAUUGCUCAGUUUGGCCGGGCAGCCAGCUCUAGGAAGAGUCUUGGUGGUUCCAAACUUCUUCCAUUUUAAGAAUGAUGGCGGCCACUGUGUUCUUGGGGACCUUCAAUGCUGCAGACAUUUUUUUUGUACCCUUCCCCAGAUCUGUGCCUCGACACAAUCCUGUCUCGGAGCUCUACGGACAACUCCUUCGACCUCAUGGCAUGGUUUUUGCUCUGACAUGCAAUGUCAAAUGUGGGACCUUAUAUAGACAGGUGUGUGUGUGUGUGUGUGUGUGUGUGUGUGCGUGUGUGCCUUUCCAAAUCAUGUCCAAUCAAUUGAAUUUACAACAGGUGGACUCCAAGUUGUAGAAACAUCUCAAGGAUGAUCAAUGGAAACAGGAUGCACCUGAGGUCAAUUUCGAGUCUCAUAGCAAAGGGUCUGAACACUUAACGUAUUUCAGUUUUUUAAAAUAAAUUUGCAAAGAAAUCUAAACCUGUUUUUGCUUUGUCAUUAUGGGGUAUUGUGUGUAGAUUGAGGAUAAUAAAAAAUAGGCUUUAACGUAACAAAAAGUGAAGGUCUGAACACUGUGUGGUUUUGGUAAGGAAUAGCCUACGAAUUAUUGGGAUGGUAAACUAAAUAAGAAUUUCCACCUUGUCCAACAUACUGCAUUAAUGUACUCUAUUUGACACUUUUAACAACAAGUUUAUUUAGUGUUUGUGUACUAUGUAGCCUAACAUGUCUGUUUACCUGCUCACUGAUGCCCCCCCCCCCCACUUCUCUCUUUCUGCAGGUGUGGUAGAGGGGGAUCUGGCUGCAGUAGAGGCCUAUAAGUCAUCAGGGGGGGACAUCGCCAGGCAGCUGACGUCGGACGAGGUGCGUCUCCUCAACCGGUCAUCGGCCUUCGAUGACGGCUUCACCCUGGUCCACCUGGCCAUCCGCUUCCAGAGGCAGGACAUGCUGGCCGUGCUCCUCACUGAGGUCAGGACAAUACACAGGCUCUGCCAAUGUAUUAGCAUAUUGGUACAGGUCAAGGACUGUUGUCUUUAUUCUACUGUACCAGUUCCGCUCGAUUUAAAUGUACCGUCCGGUAUGUAGUCACUCCAUCUCCAGGUUGAGUUAGUUUAUAUUCAUCAUUGUUUUGACGAUACCACAGAUGAGCUCUGUUCACCUCUAUCUACUGGUAGAGGACAUAGUGGGUGGGAUGUGUUUUAUUGACGGUAGGCUCUCUUAUCCCAGGAUUAGUAAGGGGGUGAACCCUGGAAGGACCGGCAGGAAUGUGUCCCCUAAGGAGGGAAGGGGCAGGGUCUACCUGGGGCCUGCUCAGAAGGGUGCAGUGUUCCAGAACGUUCAGAUAGAAAUGGAUUGUGUUGAACAGAUAUGAUUGAACAGGGAAUCAGAUCAGGGAAUUGAAUCUGUUUUACUCAUUACAUUUCUCUCUGCAACACUCGGAAUGUUUCAUCUGGGUUUCAUGCUCCCUAGGUUGUAUUUGCAGUAGGAGACGGUUUUAUCAUUCCUGUGUCACAUUCUCUGUCUCUCUGUGUCUAGGUGUCCCAGCAGGCAGCUAAGUGUAUCCCAGCCAUGGUGUGCCCUGAGCUGACGGAGCAGAUCCGUCGGGAGGUGGCUGCCUCCCUGCACCAGCGCAAGGGAGACUUCACCUGCUACUUCCUCACUGACCUGGUCACCUUCACGCUGCCAGCAGGUCAGCCUCCCUCUGACCUAUUAUACACUACCAACAGCCUAGUUACUGUGUGUAGUUAUGUGGUAUGAACUGUUUUGCUGCUCUUCUACACUAAAGCUUCUUGUCUUAUAUGAUGGUAGAAUGCAUGUUUUGUUGGUGUGCGGGAAUUGCAUAAUGGUGUGGUUGUUUCCAACUACUCUGAGUAAAAUGCUUUCCCUGGCACCAGCUUAGGGUAUUGUUAGGCUAAAGCAGUGUUUGGUAAACUGAGGGGUGGCUGUUGGAGCGCGGAGCGGUAGGGGAAGAUGAACAAACACAACUUAAUUAUAACAUCUACUAGAGAAAAAUAAGAUGGCUUUCUACUCACAAUUAAAUCUUGGGAUUUGUAUUUUUAUUUACAUUAAAUGCAUAACAUUGCAGCUGUCAAUUGCUACUCUCCACAACAUAAUUGGUAGCUCCUGAUUUUUAAAAUAAAAUAAAUAAAUAAAAAUCUCCACUCAUGAGUUCUAACAGACUUUUGGUUGACUCGCGCCUCUCGCAGCAUGCUGCUCUGCCUGAUCUCUUCCUCUUCUCUCUCCCAAUAAACAAACCCUCAAAUCUAUGACUUAACUUGGAACAAAUCAAAUGGUGCAGUCAACUUAAACAUGGUAAAUUCAUAAGCACGAAUAAGAAUGAUAAAGAAAAUGAGGGCUGUUCAAUACGAGUGAUAAUUGGUAACGGUUAUAUUGCACUCAAUUUUAAGAGUUGAAAGACAACUGUGGCAGUAUUACAAACCUUGCAAUGACUGGUUUCUAGUAGGCUACAGAAUUGGAGAAGGGCCUAAUAUUUCUCUGAAUCUCAGGCAGUAGGCUCAAGCCUUUUUCUCUACUGGAGUCAAUCUGACUGUCUCGCUAUGUUCCCCCAUAAGAAAAGGGGGGCAUGAGUGGAAAAAGUUUGGGAAGCACAGGGCUAAAGAGAAAAAUAUGCAAUUGUGGUAAAAAGCAACAGUUCUUUAAAGCAACUGUUGUGACAGUUGAAGAGAUGGUCUCAACUUUCUGUAGGUUUUACAUUUAUUUCUCAACGCUCAAUAUUGAGCGUAUUGGCACCGUUUUACAACCAAAGUAACUUUGUACUGCUUUGAGAUACAGAGAGCACGAAGCGUGCGCCGACAGUUUGAGGCCUAUAGACAUCAUUGGGUAGUAUGCUGAAAUGUUUUUUAAACAUAAGGCUACAUUUACCGUUAGAGUAAUCAGUUACAUUUCUAACUAGCAGCCUAUUAUAUUUAGCUUAAUGAGUUUUGUUUCCACUUCCUCAGAUGGUGAUUUAGCCCCAAAUGAAUUAGCCUAUGUGAUAUUAGUACACAAAAUAAAUGUAAGCAAAUGAAUCUCUAUUGAAAUGAUGGAGCACUAUUUUGAGGGUAAAAUGUAACAAUAGCAUAAAUGUCAACCCAAAAUUAAUGACAAUCGCUGGUUUAGGUUGCACAAUAAAUAGAAUUAUGCUUUCCCAUUUGGACAUGUUAGAUGAAAAAAUGUAUUUCUUGGAUCAUGCGAUUUCAGUAGCACUGAAUGACUUUCUAAAAUGACUGCAAAUUGUUUCUAUUGUGUGACACUGCGGCAACAUUUUGGUGCAACCAAAUCAUAGGCUGGCGCCACCAACUUAACCAGUGCCACCAGGGGAAAAAGUUAGUCUGGAGCCCUGCAAAGCGAAAUUGUAUUUUCAUAUGUACCAAGUUCUUGCUAGGGUAAGCAAGGUUGAAUUCCUCCUUGAGAAAUAGCCUACAUUGUGGUUGAAAAUAAGAGCCGCAGGGCUGGUAAGCAGUGACGUCUGGUUAUGCAGAGUAUUUGGGGGAGCAUGUAUUGGCUUCUGGCCACUAUAGAAGCCUUGCUGUUCAUUUGCACAACUGAAGAAUAGGCAGUACUGUUGUCAAGGGCUCCAAGCACACAACGUAGCCCUAUAGCUCUAUUGUGGAAAGAAAAGGACACACGCAACAAAACAUGGUUUGACAUUGAGUAGAAAACACAGUCAAAUAUGAUGUCUGUAGCUUGCAGAGAUGUCAGUUUGUUACAGUGCAGCUUUGACUCCUGCAAACCUCCAGGGCAUUAAACCCUAAUCACUUCAGCCUGGCUUGAUUUUUAAGGCGCGUGCAGAUCAAGAGGUCAAGACAGAUGCACUUUCUUCUCUAAGCCCCAAACUUAAUUUCACUGUUGUCAAAUAAAUACUUGCUCUCUAACUUGCCCUUUUUUGUGAAGUUUUUGGAACUGUAUCAUGUCUUCCUUGUGUUGUGUGUCUCUCAAACCCAUUGAGUGCCACUCUGUGUGUGUUUUUGUCUACAGAUAUCGAGGACUUGCCCCCAACAGUUCAGGAGAAACUGUUCGACGAAGUGCUGGACCGAGAUGUACAGAAAGGUGAAAUAUUGACUGACUUCAUAUGAAUUUCAGUAACUUAUAAUACCACUAUUUUACUGAAUCAAAUUGUAUUGGUCACAUACACGUGUUUAGCAGAUGUUAUUGCGGGUGUAGAGAAGUGCAUGUGCUUCUAGCUCCGACUGUGCAGUAAUAUCUAACAAGUAAUAUCUAACCAUUUCACAACAUGUACCCAAUACACACAAAUCUAGUAAGGAAUUAAUUAAGGAUAUAUACAAAAAGUAUUUAGUCAGCCACCAAUUGUGCAAGUUCUCCCACUUAAAAAGAUGAGAGGACUGUAAUUUUCAUCAUAGGUACACGUCAACUAUGACAGACAAAAUGAGAGAAAAAAAUCCAGAAAAUCACAUUGUAGGAUUUUUAAUGAAUUUAUUUGCAAAUUAUGGUGGAAAAUAAGUAUUUGGUCAAUAACAAAAGUUUCUCAAUACUUUGUUAUAUACCCUUUGUUGGCAAUGACACAGGUCAAACGUUUUCUGUAAGUCUUCACAAGGUUUUCACACACUGUUGCUGGUAUUUUGGCCCAUUCCUCCAUGCAUAUCUCCUCUAGAGCAGUGAUGUUUUGGGGCUGUCGCUGGGCAACACGGACUUUCAACUCCCUCCAAAGAUUUUCUAUGGGGUUGAGAUCUGGAGACUGGCUAGGCCACUCCAGGACCUUGAAAUGCUUCUUACGAAGCCACUCCUUCGUUGCCCGGGCGGUGUGUUUGGGAUCAUUGUCAUGCUGAAAGACCCAGCCACGUUUCAUCUUCAAUGCCCUUGCUGAUGGAAGGAGGUUUUAACUCAAAAUCUCACGAUACAUGGCCCCAUUCAUUCUUUCCUUUACACGGAUCAGUCGUCCUGGUCCCUUUGCAGAAAAACAGCCCCAAAGCAUGAUGUUUCCACCCCCAUGCUUCACAGUAGGUAUGGUGUUCUUUUGGAUGCAACUCAGCAUUCUUUGUCCUCCAAACACGACGAGUUGAGUUUUUACCAAAAAUUUCUAUUUUGGUUUCAUCUGACCAUAUGACAUUCUCCCAAUCCUCUUCUGGAUCAUCCAAAUGCACUCUAGCAAACUUCAGACGGGCCUGGACAUGUACUGGCUUAAGCAGGGGGACACGUCUCGCACUGCAGGAUUUGAGUCCCUGGCGGCGUAGUGUGUUACUGAUGGUAGGCUUUGUUACUUUGGUCCCAGCUCUCUGCAGGUCAUUCACUAGGUCCCCCCGUGUGGUUCUGGGAUUUUUGCUCACCGUUCUCGUGAUCAUUUUGACCCCACGGGGUGAGAUCUUGCGUGGAGCCCCAGAUCAGUGGUCUUGUAUGUCUUCCAUUUCCUAAUAAUUGCUCCCACAGUUGAUUUCUUCAAACCAAGCUGCUUACCUAUUGCAGAUUCAGUCUUCCCAGCCAGUGCAGGUCUACAAUUUUGUUUCUGGUGUCCUUUGACAGCUCUUUGGUCUUGGCCAUAGUGGAGUUUGGAGUGUGACUGUUUGAGGUUGUGGACAGGUGUCUUUUAUACUGAUAACAAGUUCAAACAGGUGCCAUUAAUACAGGUAACGAGUGGAGGACAGAGGAGCCUCUUAAAGAAGAAGUUACAGGUCUGUGAGAGCCAGAAAUCUUGCUUGUUUGUAGGUGACCAAAUACUUAUUUUCCACCAUAAUUUGCAAAUAAAUUCAUUAAAAAUCCUACAAUGUGAUUUUCUGGAAAACAUUUUCUCAAUUUGUCUGUCAUAGUUGACGUGUACCUAUGAUGAAAAUUACAUCCUCUCAUCUUUUUAAGUGGGAGAACUUGCACAAUUGGUGGCUGACUAAAUACUUUUUUCCCCCACUGUAAUUGGAUGAGCGAUGUCACAGCGGCAUGGACUAAGAUACAGUAGAAUAGUAUAGAAUACAGUAUAUUCAUAUGAGAUGAGUAAUGCAAGAUAUGUAAACAUUAUUAAAGUGGCUAGUGUUCCAUUUCUUAAAGUGGCCAGUGAUUUCUAGUUUAUGUCUAUAGGCAGCAGCCUCUAAUGUGCUAGUGAUGGCUGUUUAACAAUCGCGUGUGAGCCUUGUCAUAGUCAACAGUGGCGGGCAUCUGUUUAGCUUCCUAUCCCCUCUACUAAAUGAGAAGGCUGCUGUACAGAGUUAUAUUACUGGUCUGUUCCCUGCCUGCUUUCCUGUCUGUUGACCUGCCCUUAUCAUGUGUGCUUGCGUCUGUGCUAAUCAGGCUAAUUGAGUUUUAGGAUUUCCCUGAUCCUUUACUGAAUGACUACUUCCUCCAGGGCCACACACACCAUCAAUGGGUUCCACACUGAUUGCUCACUCUCUCUAGGGUGUCUUGUGACCUGUUUAGCUCCCCACAGUUUGCGGCACACCAAGGGUAACAAGCCAGUGUAUGGAAGACAAGGUGACUAAAGUCACCAUAGCCACCUCUAUGCUCUCCUGUCUCUUUCUCUGCUAUGACGAAGCUGUGAAGGUAGGUGUAUCAUUUAUCAUCACACUUGAUCCCCGCCUUGAAAUAUCAUCAUGCCGGGGUCCUUUCCAGUGAAAUAUCAUCAUGCCGGGGUCCUUUCCAGUGAAAUAUCAUCAUGCCGGGGUCCUUUCCAGUGAAAUAUCAUCAUGCCGAGGUCCUUUCCAGUGAAAUAUCAUCAUGCCGAGGUCCUUUCCAGUGAAAUAUCAUCAUGCCGGGGUCCUUUCCAGUGUGGUCCUUGCUGUCCGGGAGCUUGGGACGUCCCUACCCCAUUGAAGUUGAAAUGUUAAAUGGUUAAGGUUAGGGAAGGGUUAUGGAUCCCGGAUAGCACUAACCUUUCUAGUGCCACCACCUGUCAUGUAGCAUCAUGGUGGCCCCUCCAUCCGCACCUUGUCUUCAUACAUAGUGCAAGCCCAGCAUCCCGAUGGUGUCCUCCUUGCCAUCACUGUACUUACCUAUACUUUACACGAGUGGUCCCCAAUCGAUAUGCUCAUCGACUUGAUUCAUUGAACAGGGAUAUUAGUGCUGGGCUGGAACUGAAGUCUGCACACCAUGUAAAACAAAAGAGUGGUUCAUUUUGAAAAUGACCCCAUGGCCCUUUCAAACCUCACUUUCCAUUCUCUCCCUCUCUCUCUCCCUCUCAGAGCUGGAGGAGGAGUCUCCCAUCAUCAACUGGUCUAUAGAGCUAGGAACGCGGUUGGACAGCAGGCUGUAUGCCCUGUGGAACCGCACGGCCGGGGACUGCCUGUUAGACUCAGUACUGCAGGCCACCUGGGGCAUCUAUGACAAGGACUCUGUCCUCCGCAAGACCCUUCACGACAGCCUGCACGACUGCUCCCACUGGUGAGGCCUGGGUCUGGGGCGUGUAACUGGUUGGGGACUGGGAUAGGAUGAGAAGGCUGUGUGUUUAUUUAUGUAAAUCAGUCAUAUAAUUUGGAAAAAGGAGAACCUUCUCAUUGCAAAAGGGUUUAAAGCAUUUGGUGAGUAACACUCACUUGACCUUUUCCACAGGGAGUUGAUACAGGGCCACUGACGUGUGUGUUCUGUCUGUAGGUUCUACACGCGCUGGAAGGAGUGGGAGUCGUGGUACUCCCAGAGCUUCGGCUUGCACUUCUCACUCAGGGAGGAACAGUGGCAGGAAGACUGGGCUUUCAUCCUCUCACUGGCCAGCCAGGUACACACACACAUUUCCUUAUGCAUACGGACAAAAAGCUUUAAGCCUUUUAGGUGGCAGGACUUGGGAUCAGCAGUGUACUGUAACAUGCAAUUACGGCCCAUGAAUUAUGCAAUGACAUACUGCUCUGACCAUAUAUAGGAAAGGAGGAGGUAUGAGAGCAUCCACUGUUGUGCAACAUUCAAUAUUCCUGUAUUUAAUUUAAGACAAACAACCAACAGAGGCAUUCGCCUAAGGUUUUCUUUUAAUACUUGAAUCACAUUGUGUUUAUAGUAUCAAGACAUGACUGAGUAUACAAAACAUUAUAUACUCUUUCCAUGACAUAGACUGACCAGGUGUUAUCCAGGUGAAAGCUAUGAUCCCUUAUUGAUGUCACUUGUUAAGUCCACUUCAAUCAGUGCAGAUGAACGGGAGGAGACAAGUUAAAGGCCAUUGAGAGACAGAUUGUGUAUGUGUGCCAUUCAGCGGGUGAAUGGGCAAGACAAAAAAUGUAAGUGCCUUUGUAUGGUAGUAUGUGCCAGGCGCACCGGUUUUGUCAAGAACUGCAACGCUGCUGGGUUUUUCACGCACAACAGUUUCCCGUGUGUAUCAAGAAUGGUCCACUACCCAAAGGACAUCCAGCCAACUUGACACAACUGUGGGUAGUAUUGGAGUCAACAUGGGCCAGCAUCCCUGCUUUCGACACCUUGUAGAGUCCAUGCCCCGACGAAUUGAGGCUGUUCUGAGGUGGGGUGGGGUGGGGGGCGCAAUUCAAUAUUAGGAAGGUGUUCUUAAUGUUUGGUAUACUCCGUGUUCAAUAACAAAUAAUCUGCUUUACGGUAUUGCUGGUUGUACGUACAAUCAGGCUAGCCUAACAGCUAAUAAUAAGUAAUGGCUCAAAUCCUAAUAGUAUAUUUUGCAGCUAUACUCUACAAAGGUAGUUUAACUUGCCUCUCUCUUUGUGUUGUUUCUCUCUGCAGCCUGGAGCCAGCCUGGAGCAGACUCAUAUUUUUGUUCUUGCACACAUUCUUCGUAGACCAAUCAUCGUCUAUGGAGUGAAGUAUUACAAAAGUUUCCGUGGUGAAACACUUGGGUACACCCGUUUUCAAGGUGAGGUGAUAUCUGUUUUCUCUGGCCUCAGUCUUAAAUUGGGAUGAUUUAAAAAGGCUUUUUUUCAUCCCUUUGAUGUAUUAAGCUUUAAAUCCUGACAAGCAAAAAUUCUCAAAAAAUACUGUUGCAGAUGUAUCUCUCCUUGUCCAAUUAGAUUGACGGUUUGGACAAUAUCUGCUAAGUCAGACAAAGCCCUUUUGAUGUGAAUUAGGCCUAGCACAUGAAUUGUGGCACAAGGAUGAUGCUAUUUUUUGACUGGGUUUGCGGAUUUGAUUGUUUUGCUCAAAGGCCAGUAUGCAAUCAAUAGUGAAUUUUCCGGAUUCAGAAGUGCUUUUGAUUUACACAGAAGUGCGUCACAGAUGGAGGGAGUGGAUUCAUUUUUUGGGGACUAUCGAAUAACGUUAUUUGGAGAUUUCUGAUCCCUUUUUAUAUAUAUAUGGAGUGUGUUUUAUUAUGCCCCUACUCCCUCUCCAUGGUUGGAGGACUUGGUAGAAAACAUAUAAAUGUGAUAUAUACAGUGCAUUUGGAAAGUAUUCAUACUCCUUCACUAUUUCCACAUUUUGUUACGUUGCAGCCUUAUUCAAAUUUUAUUUUUAUUUUAUCCUCAUCAAUCUACACACAAUACCCCAUAAUGAAAAAGAAAUGUAAUUCCAAAAUCAUGGCCAUUUAUAUGUAGUUGGUCCUCCCUUUGCUGCUAUAACAGCCUCCACUCUUCUGGGAAGGCUUUCAACUAGAUGUUGGAACAUUGCUGCGGGGACUUGCUUCCAUUCAGCCACGAGCAUUAGUGAGGUCGGGCACUGAUGUUGGGUGAUUAGGCCUGGCUCGCAGUCGCCGUUCCAAGUAAUCACUUUCGAGAACGCUUUCCACUGCUCCAGAGUCCAAUGGCGGCGAGUUUUACACCACUCCAGCCGACGCUUGGCAUUGCGCAUGGUGAUCUUAGGCUUGUGUGCGACUGCUCGUCCAUGGAAACCCAUUUCAUGAAGCUCCCAACGAACAAUUAUUGUACUGACGUUGCUUCCAGAGGCAGUUUGGAACUCAGUAGUGAGUGUUGCAUCCGAGGACAAGCCAUUUUUACGCACUACAUGCUUCAGCACUCGGUGGUCCCGUUCUGUGGGCUUGUGUGGCCUACCACUUCACGGCUGAGCCGUUGUUGCUCCUAGAUGUUUCCACUUCCAGUGGCGGCUGGUGAAAAAUAUUCUCGGUGGGGCUGUGCCAUACUUUUUUUUUCCUGUAACCAUCGCGAUAUAUUUUAACACAAACUGCAGGACAGCAGUGCUCAGUGAAACAUUCAGUAAUUAUUUAAUGCCAAUAUUAAAAAGUUGAGGCAUUCUUACACAAAAACAUAUUACACAAACCCAAGCCUUUCAUUUGCAUUUAAAGUGAACUUUUCACCAUUGGUAGUAAACAGGCAACGCAACAGGCAUGCUGUCAGAACAAAGUGGAAAGUGGACAAUAACAUGAAAUUAUUAUAAAGUUUAUAGGAAAUCUUACACUGUAUAAAAGGAUGUAUAAUAUAGAAAUGGAUAUCAAGUGGAUGAACUCAAACCUUUGACUGGAAGAAUAGCAUACAGUAUUUUAUGAUCAUACUAAAUGUGACUAAUUGUUAAUGUGCUCCAGAACUGCAACAAUUAAUUGAUACAAACAACAUAUAUACAGUAAUAUUAGCAAAGACACUAUUAAGACUUUCUAGAGUACCAUAUAUAACUGGAUUUUUUAUGCUAAGGUCAACUAUAUACAAAGAAACAUGCGGCCAGAGCUGCUCUGUGUGUGUGUGUCUGUCAUCUUAUUUGUACAGGAAUUUUGCCCGUCUGUCCUUCUGAGUGGCAAACCUCUCAAUGACCCUUUGAUUAAAGUCAGGAAUGUCCCUGACAAGUUUCUUCUCCAUGGAGAGCAUGGCCAGAGCGUUCAGGCGAUCCUGUGUCAUGCUGUUUCUCAGGAAGGUCUUGAUCCUUUUCAGUGUAGAGAAGCACCUUUCUGACUCAGCAGUUGUCAUGGGUGUGGUGAUGAGGAUCUUGAGGAGGCUGGCAGUCUCUGUGAAAGUGCUCUGAAGGUUGUUCUCCAUGAAGAACUGGUACAGGGGCACUGCACCACUACAAGCCUUGAACUCACUGUUCUCAUAGAUGAGGGACAGUUCGGUUUUGAGCUUGGCCUUGUUCAACAUGGGGUACGCCUCCACGGUUGUUUCAAGCGCUGUAUCGGGGAACUUCACACUGUGUUGUGGGAACAACUCUCCGUGCAAUAGUGUUGCGCUGAUGAGGUGCUGGGUGAAGGAGAACCUCUCUUUGGCAUGACUCAGGAUGGUAUCACAUACCUGUAAAAGAUACAUCAUCAGCUUUAAUUUGCAAUUAAGCUAUUUUGAUGCAAGUGAUCCUGACUGACACAUGCCUAUGUCCAACUCAAGUAUAUGAUUACCAAGGUGCUGAUUGUUCAGGGUUUUGGCUACAUACUACCAGGCCUGAAAAUAGUUCUAGGGGGAAACACUGACAAUUACAUCACAACUUACCUCUAUAGCCAACCUCUGUUGUUCUCCUGGUCCCAGCAUCCUCCGUCGCUUGAUGGGCUGUUGCUGCUCGUCAGAUGCGCUGUCCCCACACAAAGAGGGAAUUGAGGCCCUGGGUCCAAAAAAUAAAGUUUAAUUUGAUAACUUGCAAUCAGACUUCUUAACUCACUGUAAUUCCCCCUCAACACACAACCAGUGACUUUUAUAUAUAUAUAUAUACACAGACAGACAGACAGACAGACAGACAGACAGACAGACAGACAGACAGACAGACAGACAGACAGACAGACAGACAGACAGACAGACAGACAGUGUGUAUAUACACACAAACUAUGUCUAGUAACUGCUUUUAACCUGUGAUGUACAUAAUUAACUGAUGUUAUUACGUUUUAAAGCCUUUUUCUAUUACAUUUGUGAGAGGGAUGCAACAUCAUUUUGUUCUGCUGUGCACUUAGCAAUAAAGUUAAUCUUCAAUAACAACUAGGCCUCUUCUAGAAAUUGACCUGGUGGACACCUGAAUAAUUAUUACAAACUGUGUAGUACUUUCCUGCAUUAUUAUCAACGUCUGAUUGUGUCUUCUCUUUCCUUUUAAAAUACUAAAACAAAUAUAAUUGUGACGGCUCUAUGAUAAUCACUCACUUUGAUGACCAGACACAUUUAGGCUUUUAAACUGUUGUAAGUGAACUAUUCAUCUUUCUAACAACAUCUUUAUCAGCCAAUAGUAAAUAUAGUUAUUUACCUGAUUGUUAGCAUGCUGUCUGUGAACCUCUGGAGAAGUGCUUUAAUGAAGACAGGGUCGAUGUUCCUCUUCUGCAGCUGGCUGAAAAGCAUGUCCACAUUUGGCAUGAUCUUGUGGAACAGUGCCAGGAAAAAACAGAAAGCCUCGUCUUCGAGCAUCCUCCCAAAGCCCCCCGCCUCUCUGACAGUCGGGGCAUCAAAGUUCCCAGAGUCUCUGAUGGUCUGGAAACACGUUAGGAGGUCAUCCCUGUACUCGUACACAGUGUUUACAGCGCGACUGUGGAAGUUCCACCGUGUUGUAGAGGCUCUGGGGAGUCUAUGCGCAACCACUUCGUCAAGCACGGUGGUUCGCUUGGGAGACCUGGAGAAGAAAGCAGAAAAUCCUGCAAGGUCGGAAAAGAAAGUGCCGAUCCUGGGGAUGCGUGAAGUAGCCUGCUGCAUGAUGAGGUUCAGCUGAUGUGCAUAGCAGUGGACGUAGUGCGCAUUUUCGUACACAUCCACUAUUUUACGCUGCACUCCGCCGGUGGCUCCCCUCAUCACACUUGCUCCGUCGUAAGCCUGGGCAAUAAGUUUGGCCUUUUGUCCAUGUGAGAGUAUGGUGCUGAGCCUCUCCAGCAGCGCUGUAGCGAUGGUGUCGGCGGUUGCGUUCUCGAUCAAAAUGAACUCGAAAAAACGCUCUUGGACGUUACUUUUAGCAUCGAUGUAGCGUAUCACAAGCACCAACUGGCAGUGGGUGGAAACGUCAGUCGUCUCGUCAGCUUGAAUGGCGAUAAAAUCAGCACUCUUUACUUCCUCCAGGAUGUAAUCCUUAAGCACUGACAGCAUACAGUCCAACAGCUCGUUCUGUAUCGUCUUUGACGUGCCCUUAAAAACGGUAGCUGUCUUCAGGUGCUCCUCCAGCACACUGUCGAGGGAGGCAACAAAAUCCACUAAGCCCCGGAAAAUGCCGGGGUUGUCCGAGGAGUCAGUCUCCUCGUGCCCACGCAAGGCCAACUCAAAAGCCCCACAGAACUUCACACAAUCGAUAAUUUUGGAUAGAAUGUGCCUGUUUUUAUCCACCUCCUCAUUGUGUUUCCUCACCGCAAUCCUGUGGCCGUCAUCCAGCUGCGUAGCAAUGUUCACCCUUCCUAAUACAGCUAGCUUUACAGAGUUGUCCAUGUGUGCCCUGGUGUUCUCAUGUUUCUUUACCUUCUCUGACAGGUGCUUCAUAUCCCUCACUCCGGUACCUGUCCAUGCUGAAUCUGACCCCGUCGUUUUAAAAAGCAAGCACGGAAAGCAAAAUAAAGCAUUAGCAUCAGUGCACCCAGCUAGCCAAGCCUUCCUGGUGUACCAGCUACGGGAGAAGCCGCGCAUAUACUGCUUCCCUUUCUCGCUAGCCUGCUGUCUGAUUGAGAGGUCAGGUUGAUCUGGGCCCAGCUCUUUCACCCGAACUUUCUCUGACAAAGUUCUCCUCUCAAACGGAUCUUGGAGGAGAGAUUUCACCGAGUUAGGGUUGGGUCUUGGAGGAGUAACGUUUGCGCUCGCCAUUGUCGUCUAGUAAAAAUGGCGCCACUGGAGCCCGGUCCUUAUUUUAUCAGGGGCGAGCUUGGGGCGAUAAAAUAAUCGCCCUCCUUGGAUUCGAAUUAAAAUCGCUGAUUAGCUACAUUUUAUGUCAUACAUUCAUAUCUUAAAUUAGCAAUUGGCUUAACUGCUACGUAGACCCGCCUCCUCGGGGCACUUUCUGUAUCGCCCAGAGCUGACGAGGCGUUUGACAGGCAGAGGAAAGGUUGCGAAUAUGAUUUUCUAUCAUAUCUUACACAUAUUACUGUGUGCAUUCCAUAUUUCAAACACACAAAUAUUGACAUACUGAUGUUUUUAUUAUUAUUAUUUUUAUUUAUUUUUUAUUUUAUUUUUUAAAAUAAUUUUAUUUAAGGGGGCGGCGCCCUAGCGCCCUCUAUCGGCCAGCCGCCACUGUCCACUUCACAAUAACAGCACUUAGUUGACGGGGCAGCUCUAGCAGGACAGACAUUUUACGAACUGACUUGUUGGAAAGGAGGCAUCCUAUGACGGUGCCACGUUGAAAGUCACUGAGCUCUUAAGUACUGGCCAUUCUACUGCCAAUGUUUGUCUAUGGAGAUUUCAUGGCUGUGUGCUCAAUGUUAUACACCUGUCAGCAACGGGUGGGGCAGAAAUAGUCGAGUCCACUAAUUUAAAGGGGUGUCCACAUACUUUUGUAUAAAUAGUGUAUAUAUACACACACAUAUACACAUACUGAACAAAAAUAUAAAUGCAACAUGUAAAGUGUUGGUCCCAUGUGUCAUGAUUCCAGAAAUUUUCCAUACGCACAAAAAGCUUAUUUCUUACAAAUGUUGUGCACACAUUUGUUUACAUCCCUGUUAGUGAGCAUUUCUCCUUUCCCAAGAUAAUCCAUCCACCUGACAGGUGUGGCAUAUCAAGAAGCUGAUUAAACAGCAUGAUCACUACAUAGGUGCACCUUGUGCUGGGGACAAUAAAAGGCCACUCUAAAAUGUGCAGUUUUGUCAUACAACACAAUGCCACAGAUGUCUCAAGUUGAGGAAGCAUGCAAUUGGCAUGCUGACUGCAGGAAUGUCCAGCAGAGCUGUUGCCAGAGAAUUGAAUGUUAAUUUCUCUACCAUAAGCUGCCUCCAACGUCGUUUUAGAGAAUUUAGCAGUACGUCCAACCGGCCUCACAACCGCAGACCACAUGUAACCACGCCAGUGCCCGACCUCACUAAUGCUCUUGUGGCUGAAUGGAAGCAAGUCCCUGCAGCAAUGAAAGCCUUCCCAGAAUGGAGGCUGUUCUAGCAGCAAAGGGGGGACCAACUCCAUAUUAAUGCCCAUUAUUUUGGAAUGAGAUGUUCGACGAGCAGGUGCCCACAUACUUUUGGUCAUGUGUGUGUUUAUUUCCUAAUCAUACUGGAACCCAAGUGUAUUGGCCAACCACUAAUCUUAAUUCUACCCCUCAGAUGUCCACAGACUAACCCAUCUUUCCCAGUGUAUAUUACCAUUGUACUAUUUCCUUUUCCAAUUCAUCCUUCUAUUUUACUGUGAUAUCUUAUGAGGGUCUUGAACCUCUAUCUGUUCAAUUUCUAUCAAGAUUGCCCUAAAAAUAAAUACUUUGCCUAAGAGUAUAAUCAUAUUUCCCAUUGAUUGAUUGUGGUUUUUCAGAUUUCCUGACAGUACUGGGUUGUAGGUCCAUCUGAACACCCUCUCUGAUUCAGAGGGGUUGGGUUAAAUACGGAGGACACAUUUCAGUUGACUGCGUUCAGUUGUGUAACUGACUAGGUAUCCACUUUCCCUUUCUAACAACCACUCCUGGACCUGACUCCUCCAAAAGCGAGCCACCGAAGGACAGUACCAAAAGAGAUGAUCUAUUGAUUCUGUGUCUUCACUGCAGUCUUCACCGGGCUGACUGUUCAAUGCCCCAUACAUUGAGCAUUCUUUUUGUGUAGCGAGAAUUUUAUAUUAUAGUUUAAAUGGAAAAUAACGGAUUGAUGGGUCAAUUGUUUUGUAUAUCAGUUCAUAAACCCGAUAACAUGGUAUUGGGACAUAUAACAUCUGUUCCCAACUGACAGUCUCGUGGCAUGACCCUUAUCAUUGCAGAUAGAAUUGUAUGACAUGAUUCCUUGAAACGAUUCCCUAAUGUACAUGACAAAAGAAUGUCUAUUGUUUUCCAUAAUAUAUUCAGUCCAAGUUGAUUAGUAAGGGGAGGAGGGGGUUACAAUUGUUCAACAUGAUUGUUCCAAUGCUGAUACAGCAUGCAUGUGACUCCCUAAAACGAGUCGAAACAAUUCUGCCAAAAUAAUCCUACCCCUCCCCUCUCCCUAACUAUGAAGCAAUGCAUUGUGGUGCAGAUGAAUGGAUCACACUGUACAUCCUUUUAGAAGGUCUCUCAACAUGUUAGCCAUCAGGAGAAGAUGGCGUGGUAGUGUAAAACAGGUGCCCAGUAAGGGCUGAGGGCGGGGUCCACGUCCGUAAAAAGUCUGGCUUUAAUUAUCCUGCGGAGCCAUAAUGAAAGCUCUCUAACGAUGGGCUGCCUGUGGUAAUGUCCCGCUAAUAGAGGAAUGAUAUAGGCUACUGUUUGUGUUAAGGAGCGGCUGAUGGGCAUCCAUCAGGGAGGGAAGGAGAAAGCUGUUUAAAAACACAAAGCUCCAGUAAAAAAACAAUGGCAGACUGUUGCACAGAGUGGGAUAAUAACUCAACGCUCGAACAGUGGUUUGUGGUUUCAGUUAGUAUGGUCACAAGGUGAACCGUUGCAUUCACUUGCACAGGCUGUCUGGUGGGUUAGGAGGCUGAGUGAAUAAUCUCAGGGAAAGUGUCCAUUGUGUUUGGGAACCUGUUGUUGAGCAAUACGUAUUGGUUUCCAUAGGUCUGGUCAUCAGCCUGUUCUGACAUUUUUUGGUUUGUUUUCUACUUCUCUUAAUUUCUGUCCCUCCCCUUUUUGACUCUUUGACCUCGCCCCUCCCUCUACAUUUCCCUCGCGCUCUCUCUCGCUCUUCACCCCCCCCCCAGGUGUGUACUUGCCCCUGCUGUGGGAGCAGAGUUUCUGUUGGAAGAGUCCCAUCGCUCUGGGCUACACUCGCGGCCACUUCUCUGCACUGGUGGCCAUGGAGAACGACGGCUUCGACAAUCGGGGCGCAGGCGCCAACCUCAACACAGACGACGACGUUACCGUCACCUUCCUACCGCUGGUGGACAGCGAGAGAAAGUUGCUCCACAUCCACUUCCUCUCAGCACAGGAGGUAGGAGGGAUCACCUGCUGUGGUAUCAUGAAUAUGGACCCCCUGACUUGCUACUUUUCAAGGAUUUAGUCUGAUUCUACUAUUCAUGUUGAUUACGUAGUUCUAUUAUACCAUCCAAUAAGUGACUAGUGUAAGAUGUAUGCCUAGUAAGAGUCUCAUGCUAUUCUCGUGAAGUGGCUGGAAUGUGAAAUGUAAUUUUCUCAGUAUGAGAGCAUCCUUUAUGGGUAACUAAUGAGAUGUAGUCUCAUGGUUGAUGGUUUUUGUGUGUGUCAGAUGGGGAAUGAGGAGCAGCAGGAGAAGCUGCUGAGGGAGUGGUUGGACUGCUGCGUGACGGAGGGCGGAGUGCUGGUGGCAAUGCAGAAGAGCUCCCGCCGGCGGAACCACCCCCUGGUCACACAGAUGGUGGAGAAGUGGCUAGACGGCUACCGACAGAUCCGCGCCUCGCUCUCCGACGGCGAGGAAGAUGAGGAUGAUGAUGAUGAGUGA